GCCGCAGCCCAGGCCACACUCGGCCGGUCCGGUGCGGAGGAGCUGGGGAAGCUUCCUGGAGGGUUCCGACGGCGAGGAGUACGUCGAGCCAGGUGUGCGAACACCCGGUCGACCGAGUUUGGACAUAUCCCUCGCGAAGAAGAAUGAGGCUUUGUUACGCAUGGCAGCAGAGAAGGUUGGUUGGGAGGCGGUGCGUGGUGGCUCCAAGAGCCGCAUUGCUUGGGUCCUCCAGAAAGAGGACAUUGCUCUGGGCCUGCGCACUCUCGGGUCCAGCCAGUGGCUUUCGCAUCUGCCCGGGAUGCAGGAGGUCUGCGGCAAAAAGAUGCUGGGAGCUGCGCUGAAGGGCCACAGCAAUUGGCCCCGCAGCUGGCAAUUACCAGAGGAGGCUGCCCCCGUGAUGGCGGAUGCCUUCAGCGCAGGCCAGCGACCGACGCUCAUCGUCAAACCCGACCGGGGCUCGCAAGGCUCUGGAAUCGCUCUGGUGAAGAGCCCAGAGGCCAUCGUCCAGGAGUAUAUUGCGGAGCCGCUUCUUCUCGAGGGGUUCAAGUGGGAUGCCAGGAUCUAUGUUCUGCUCGUCCCGGACAGCUCCGGGCGACAGCUCCAUGCGUUCAUGUCUCAGGACGGGCUGGCACGGGUCUGCGUGGACCCUUAUGAGGUGCCUACCAAGAGGAACCUCCACAAACAGCUCUCGCACCUCACGAACUACAGCGUGAGCAAGUUGUCCGACAAGUACGUCCACAAUGACGAUCCCAGCGACGGUGGUUCAGGGUGCAAGCGGAGUCUCCGUGCCGUGCUGGAACGUCUGAACCUGAAGGGUGAGGAUUUCUGGCACGACUUGGGGGCGCUGGUGACGGACACCGUGGCUGCCAUUACCGAGCCGCUUCUGCGCACGUGUUCCAGUGAGGAAUUCUGGAACGGCGACAAGCUCACAGCGGAUCUGGCACAGCAGCAUUUCUGCCGAUGCUUUCAAAUUCUGGGUUUCGACGUCCUCGUGGACCAAGCGGCGAAGCCUUGGCUCCUGGAGCUCAACAAUAACCCGUCCCUCAGCGUGGACGAGGUGGCACCCCUCUACUCUAAAAGCCGUGCCGAGGUUAACCAAGUCUUCGCGGCGCACGCGAAGCUGUGUGGCGAGUCAAAGGGUGAUCGGCCGUGUCGGUGCUCAGUGCAUCCGCGGCCGCACCGCCACAAAGUCUGCCCCAUCGAUGUGGCUGUAAAGCUGCCCGUGGCGAUGGGAACCUUGCAAGUCAUACAGCGAGCACAGGAAUCCCUGCCGGUGGCCGAGUGGGCCAAAGGAACUUCGCUCACUUGGCUCCCGCCGGAUCCUGAUGUCACUGUUCAGCAUGCCAGUGAGCCGGCAAGCGCAGCUCAGGAAGCGGAGUAG